UCCCCUCUUCUUCCUCACCGCUCCCUUCUAACCAUCAAAAACUGCUUUUUUCCAUUAAAAUUUUUAAUUUUUCGAUAUAGUCUGCGUACAUAAAUAAAGAUAGAGACAGAAAGCUUGCCCCUUACCUGAUUGACAUGGCGGCGAGAUGCAGAGAUGUAGAUCGGAUCAAGGGGCCAUGGAGUCCCGAGGAAGACGACAUGUUACAGAGACUGGUAGUGAAGCACGGGGCGAGAAACUGGUCUUUAAUCAGCAAAUCGAUUCCAGGAAGGUCUGGGAAAUCAUGCCGGCUACGGUGGUGCAACCAGCUCUCGCCGACGGUGGAGCACCGCCCUUUCACGGCGGACGAAGACAGAACCAUCAUCACCGCCCACCAGCGCUUCGGGAACAAGUGGGCGACCAUCGCGCGAAUGCUGAAUGGUCGCACGGAUAACGCCAUUAAGAAUCACUGGAACUCCACUCUCAAGCGGAAGUAUUCUUCUUCCUCUGCGCCGGAGGAAGAAGAAAGGUUGGUCAAGAGGGCGAAUAGUGGCGGGCUGAGUUUCAGUCCAGGGAGCCCGUCGUCGUCUGAUCUCAGUGAUUCGAGUCAUCACAGCCAAGCGUUGAUCACGCCGCCGCCGUUGGUGGCUCCAGUAUACCGACCGGUGCCGAGAACAGGGUGUAUCGUUCCGUCGCAAAUCUCGCCGGCGAUCGACACUGCGGCUGCGUCGAACUCUAGUGGCAGCGGAAGCAAUAUGACCGACGAUCCCGUUACCUCUCUCACUCUCUCUCUUCCCGGAUCGAGUUCGGAUCAGUCUGAAGCUUCCGAUCACCGCCGUUGUAACCAGAGCGAUCUCCUUCUCAUGGCACCACCGACUUCGGAAACCGAAAAAUUGCAGCUUCCAGCGGCGGCGGCGACGGCGACGGCGGUGGUGCCGUUCAGUAAGGAAUUCAUGGCGAUGAUGCAAGAGAUGAUCCGCCAAGAGGUGAGGAAUUUCAUGAGUGGGAUGGAGCAGAGAGAUUGGAUGAAUAUGAACAUGAAUCAAUCGACGGAGAGCUUGCGGAACAGUGUUAUUAAGAGGAUUGGAAUCACGAAGAUCGAGUAGAGAAGGAGAAGGAUUCAGAAAAGCUAGAUCUUGUUUUUGAGAAUUGGGAAGGAAAUCUCUGCUUCCUGCUUAGGAUCACUUUUUAGUUUUUUUUUUUUUUUUUUGGAUCAAAUCUCUGAGUUUCAGAUCUUAAUAGAUAAAUAAGCUGUUUUGGUUGAUAGUUUUUUUUAAUUUCUUUUUAAUGGAAAAUGCUGUACAGCAGAACUGAGUUUGAACCGCAUUCAAAUGAAAUAAGGUAACGGUAAAAAAAUUUUGAAA